AUGGACACCAUUGAGAAAUCGGACGCGCCCAAGCAGACGGGCCGGGUCGACCUCGCCUCGCAAGAUGGCCAGGCAGACCAAGUCACCGACGAGCUCUACCUGACCAAGAACGGGCUGAAGCUGUUCCCUCAACCGGUCAGGGAGGAUGCCCUCGACCCCCUGAACUGGUCCUUUGUGCAGAAGCAUGUCAUCCUCGCCAUCAUCAUGGCGCUAUACUUCAUGUUCACCUACAUAACGACCACCACCGUGCCCUCGUUCCCCAUCCUCCAGGAAAAGUACGGCAUCGAUCUCGCACAGGUCAACUGGACCGUCGCCAUCCCCGCCCUCGGCCUCUCCCUAGGUCCCCUCGUCUGGGCGUCCCCGGCUGACAUUCUCGGUCGACGACCCAUCUUCAUCAUCGGCACCCUCAUCGCCCUGGCCUCGACCGUCGGCGCCGCGCUCGCCCCCAACUACAGCGGCUACGCGGCCGCUCGCUUCUUCCAGGGCUUUGGCGUCAGUCCCGCGUCCAAUGUCGGCCUGGCCAUCAUCGACGACAUCUUCUUCGAGCACGAGCGUGGCCAAAAGGUGGGCCUGUGGGUGCUUGCCAUUGACUUGGGCCUCCUCGUCGGGCCCCUCAUCGGCGGCUUCGUGAGCACCGUGGGCGACGAGUGGAUCCAGUGGCUCUGUGCCAUCCUCUUUGUUGUCAUCCUCGUCUUGGAGGUGGCCUUUCUUCCCGAGACGCUGUACCCGCGUCGCCUGAUGCAGGCCAGGUACGAGAGCAGGGGUGCCAUCAAUGAGAAGAGCCCCCGGAACAUGGAAACCGCCGUCGACGACAACGGACCCAGGCGCACCAAGUCACUCGCGCUGGCCAACGUCAUGCCCGUGCCUGGCGUCAAGCACCCCAAGCCCUGGGACACGCUGAUCCGGUUCGUCAAGACGUUCAAGUACCUCGUCGUCACCGUGUCCAUCAUGGCCUACUGCUUUGGGUGGUACUGGUGGGUGCUGUCCGUCGUGACGCUGAUUCCCAUUGCGUACCCGACAUUCUCGCCCCAGAGUCAGGGACUCCUCUACAUUGGCCUCAUUGUUGGCACCAUUGUCUCCGAGGUUCUCUGCUCCGGCCGACUCAGCGAUUGGCUCAUCAUACAGCUCGUCAAGCGCUCCGACCGCCCCAAGACACCCGAGAUGCGCCUGUGGUUCGCGUACCCUGCUGCGGUACUGACGGCCGUCGGCAUGAUCGUCUGGGGCGUCAGCGUCGACAAGGGCUACCACUGGAUGGUCGGGCAGGUGGCCCUGGCUUUGUUCGGCGCUGGCAUCCAGAUGGGCAACGCGGCCGUGUGCUCGUACGUCUUUGACGCCUACCCGCUGCAGAGCAUGGCGACCAUGACCUUUUACGCCGUCAUGCUCAACAUGUCGGCCUUUAUCGACCCCUUCUUCAUCGUCCCCUGGGUCGAGGACGCCGGCUUCACGUGGACCUUUGCCGGCCACGCGCUCAUCACCGUCUUCUUCAGCGUGCCCUGCCUCGCGGCUGUGCACUGGUUUGGGGGGCGCCUGCGGGAGAGGGCUGGGCCGCCGACGUGGGUGAACCCCGAGUUCAGCCAGGGGGACUAG